AUGUCAACGCCGCCGAGCGACUCUCCUGUCCCCGGUCACAAGCUUCGGCAGGUGUGGACCUUGGAAGAGGACAGACUCCUCUCGGAAGCUAAGAACGCGCCCGUCAGCUGGCACAAGGUCGCCGCCCACCUACCGGGGCGCAACAACAAGGACUGCCGGAAGCGGUGGCACUACAGCAUUGCCAACACAAUACGCAAGGGCACGUGGUUGAGGGAGGAAGACGAGAAGCUCCGCGAGGCCGUCGACCUCUACGGCGCGCGCUGGAGCAAGAUCGCCGAGGCCGUCGGCACCCGCAACGGCGACCAGUGUUGGAAGCGGUGGUACGACUGUCUCGACCCGCGCAUCGACAAAAGCCCCUGGACAACCGAAGAGGACACCAAACUCCUCCACCUCGUCGCCCAAACCGGCCGCAACUGGAGCGACAUCGUGCACCAGCACUUCCCCAACCGCACCUCCCUCGCCGCCAAGAACCGCUACAGCAUCCUGCAGCGCAAACAAGACGGCGGCGGCGGCGGCGGCGGCAGCCGCAGCAACUCUUCCUCCCGAGGCUCCUCCGCCGUCCGCCACCACACCAGGGCCCGCAUCCGUCCGAGUCCAUCAGCAUCCGCCUCGGCCACCCCGUCGCUCAGCUCGAGUCCGGGUCCGUACCUGGGCGUGGCUACCACCCCGUCGACGACGGCGCUGUCGACGCCGGAGCCCGAGUUUCUGGGUGUGGGCGAGGAGUGGAUGGCGCUGACGGCGGCUGAGGUGGAUGAGAUGCUGUAUCGCGGGGCGGCGCAGCAGGGGUUGCCGGUGGGGGGCGGGGGGUUGGAUUAUGAAUAUGGGUUUGGGCCCGAGGCGGGGUGGGUUGCCGCUGGGGGGUCGAGUCAACAGCAGGAUCAGCAGAAUCAGCAUCAGGCUUGGAUGCAGCAGCAGGAUGGGUUUGAUGUUGGUCUGGUUGAUCCGCAGAUACAGACUUGUUCCGCGGUCGGGUAUGGUGAUGCGGGUUACUACGCCCAGGGGCAGCAGCAGCAGCUGGAGGCUCCGGGGUAUGGGUACAACAUGCUGGGGGUGUAUCAGAACGAGGUUCAGAUUCAGGUGACGCAACCGGGGAUGUAUGACGGGAGUAGCGGGUUGGUGAGCCAAGGUCAAAUGGGGAGUUGGCAGGGCGGGUAUAAUGCGGAGGGGUGGUGA